CAACAGCUUCCCGGUGACAAUGUUGGCUUCAAUGUCAAGAAUGUUGCUAUGAAGGAUCUGAAGCGUGGGUGUGCAUCCAACUCCAAGGAUGAUCCUGCCAAGGAGGCAUCAAACUUCAUCUCCCAGGUUAUCAUAAUGAACCACCUUGUUCAGAUUAGCAACGGUUAGGCCCUAGUGCUGGACUGCCACACCUCCCACAUUGCUGCCAAGUGUGCUGAGCUGGUGACCAGGAUUGACAGAUGAUCUGGUAAUAAGGAGCUAGAGGUGUACCCGAAGUUCAUCAAGAAAGGUGAUUCUGCCAUUGUGAACAUGAUUCCCACCAAGCCCAUGGUUGUGGAGACCUUCGCCACCUACCCUCCCUUUGGCCGUAUCACUGUGCAUGACAUGAGACAAACUGUUGCUGUUGGUGUCAUCAAGGGCGUGGAGAAGAAGGAUCCUACCGGUGCCAAAGUUACCAAGGCUCCGCGCCAUCAAGAAUAA